AUGAAGACCCUGCUGCCUGGUUAUCACUGCUGUUCUCUUUCUCCAGUACGCCCUGCAGUGACGCUGAUACAGAGGAAAGCGCGUGAGUCUGCAGGAACGGACGUCAUUUGCCACGUGACGGGGUUCUACCCCCGAGAGGUUGAGGUGAACUGGGUCAGAGACGGGGAGGCUCUGCUGGAGGAGGGGGUGUGGAGUGGAGAGGUGGUGCCCAACGGGGACACAACCUACCAGCUGAGAAAGAUCCUGACAGUGAGUCCUGAGGACCAGAAGAAACACAGCUACUCCUGCCAGGUGCACCACGCCAGCCUGGAUGAGAAGAUGGAUGUGAAAUGGGGUAAGAGAGAG